AUGGAUAUUGAUCAAUAUAUCCGACAAACGGAAGCGGAUUUUGAAUCUGCUUGGGUGGCUACACGCAGCGAAAGCCUGCGAGCACCCACUGACAGUUGCCCAGCGCAGAGGGUGACAUGGUUGGAAAAUGUGGGACGAUCGCCAACAUUGAGUAAGGAUCGUCUUCAAAGGUGGAUUGCCUAUGGCAGACGUCCACUGGCGAUGCACACCGAAAAUAUAUUCUGCGAUAAGCAGAUAUUACGUCAAAUUGUGCGGCAUAAGUCAGCGUUUGAUCAACUCGAGCCAAGCGAAAUGCGCAAAGCGAUCAAAUCGAAUAUUUUUAUGAAUCAGACCGCAGUCAAAAUGGCUAAUUUAGACUGCAUGUUUGAUAACAUGUUUACAAAACCUAUGGACAAAGCAGGUAAUUCGAUGCUGAACCAUAAUGAAGUUUUAUAUUUCGCUGACAUAUGUGCUGGCCCCGGAGGAUUUUCCGAUCGUGUCCUUUGGCGUUCGAAAUGGCACGCAAAAGUGUUUGGUUUUACCUUAAAGGGGGAAAAUGACUCUCAGUUCAAAGAUUUUCUGGCUGGUACGCCAGAAGCUUUUGAUGGUCCUCAAAAUAACGGCGACAUGUUUGACUUAGAGAACAUCGAUGAGUUAGAAAAAUAUGUCCUUAAGCAAACGGGCGGUGAGGGAGUCCAUGUUAUGAUGGCUGAUGGCGGUUUUUCCGUUGAAGGCAAUGAGAAUAUGCAGGAAGUUUUAUCCAAACCACUUUAUCUGUGUCAACUAUUGGUUGCACUCAAGAUCGUUCGUACCGGUGGGCAUUGCGUCGUUAAAUUGUUUGAUUUAUUCACACCUUUCAGCGUGGGAUUAUUGUAUUUAAUAUCAAAGUGUUUUGACAAAAUUUCCAUUUGUAAACCCAACUCCAGUAGACCCGCCAAUUCUGAACGUUAUUUGGUGUGUAAGUGGAAGAAACACGACACCGAACUGAUUUGUAAACAUUUAUACACAAUUAAUGAUUUUCUACAGAGGAAAAGCAGUCAGAAUUAUGACAUCUUGGAACUGGUUCCUCUUAAAGUUCUAAAGGAAGACAGCGCUUUUUACCAGUUUAUUUGUGAUAGUAACAAUGAACUGGGCACAGUCCAGAUAAGUGGCCUGUUGCAAAUUGCAGCUUUUGCAGCAAACCAAAAGCUGGCGGAGGCCAACCAGGAAAAAUUAAGGUUUACAGAUGGACGACGCCAAUCUGGUGUACAGCCGUUGGAGCAACAGACUGUAGAAGAUUUGCUACGACAAUGGAGCAACGAGAAGCAAUUCUUGGCUGCUCCAGAAAAAGAGUUUAACAUGGUAGAAUUGGAAAAGAUAUUUCCUUCUAUCCAUGGGGUGUAUUUUGUGCCUAUAGAGAAUGACGAGAACUCCGGUAGGAAUGUUCGUUCAUUCUUUAUUGGACGUGGAGGUAGCGAUAUAUGGCAACAUAAUGCCUCAGAUGGGGAUUGGUACCCACUGAAAGACGUUCCUUUGGAACUACCUCCUAGAACUUUGAUCUACGGUGAGAUCGUUAUGGAGCUGCAAGGAGAAGGUAAAUCUCCGAUUUUUGAACAAGCCUUCCACAUAAUCGAUGCGAUAGUGCUUGGUGGGGAAGAUAUCCGUAAGCGGUCUCUACCGGAACGAUCGACAAUGUGCAAAAAGUUUGCUGAAGCUUUGAGCAAGCCAUACAAAACGAUGCCCGUCAGGUGUAAAAAACUUGUAGCUCUAGCCGAUUUAGGCAAUUUUUUCAUGCAAAGCCUGCAAAAGCAUACACUUGACGGGGGUGAGGUUCGCUUAGGCUAUGAUUUGGCUACUGGUACGAGCAGAUUUUACCUUCCAAGAGGUCUUUUGUUCCUUAAUGAAAUACGGGAAGAUUACCUCAAAAUGUACUCUAAGAGUCAACAGAAGUUUUACUAUUUUUGUAAACGGGACAAUACUUCUCGUUUUCCGGAAGAAAUGCCGCACUUUAAUGAAACGGUAGCUUCUUCUAAAAGUACUUUCGUCCACCGUGCGAUCUGGAAGUGGGUCAACCCGCACCACCUGGCUUGCAAUGGACAAACGAAGGAAUACAGCAUAGAUUUCCUUCGAUUUUUGUGUUCUCAAGCAUCAUGUAAAACUGCAAUUGCGGAUGAAAAUUAG